GUGGGCCUCGAAAGGAUGCCGCAAAAGCCCCAGACGUCGGACGAUUGAUAAGCCAUCCACUCUGCCCGCAGAGCGUUCCAUCCUUAUAGCCAGGGGCCCGAAGAGCAGGCCCAGAAAUCUUAGAGAAUCAGAAUGGAAGCGAAGGGCAGAGUUCCUGGAACAAGCGACCUAGACACGACAACUCCUCCGACCAAGCACCCACUCUACGGCACGACCCCGCAGAAACAUCUUCAUCACCGCAGCAGCCGCAGCAGCAGGGCGUCCUCGCCCCGACGACAUCCAAUGGCAUUGCGGCGACACACAUUGACUCGAGGCGGGAACGCGAUCGCCAGCGACGCCCCCGACAGCCAGAGCUCGCGACGGGAGCUUUGCCGACUCCUCCGCACAGGCUCGUCGCAGCUUUCGGCAUUAUCACGCGCCGAUGACGGAUUUCCUCACUCGAUUCCGUCGACCCUUCGCUCCGCCUGGCGUACCCCCGUUCACGUUUCUCCUCCGGCGCCCUGCAUCGCUCCCCGCACGUCGCACGCACGCUCGCUCGACAAUACACGGCAUGGCUAUAGGUCUAUAAGGAAAGGGGGGAAAUAAUCGCACCGUGAUCUUGUGGCUGGCUCUGCUGGCUCAUGGAGGCUUCGCGCGGGCGUCGCGCGGAGGUGAUGCGGAGGUGCUGUGAAGCCUGCCGGCUCUGCUGGCUGCUGUCUCUCUGGCCUUCAGUCUCUGACUGUUCGUCUCUGACCUCUGGUCUGU